AUGUUCUCUCUCACGUCGGGCAACGGGUCCCGGGAGGUCAUGGUCAUCGUCGGACUCGGCAGGUGUCUCGACCUUGAAUCGUUCGCGACGAUGCCGUCCCCACGGAACAGCAGGCCGUGGGAAAAGUUCAUGUCGCUCUCCCAGCCCCAGAAGGACAGGGACGAUAUCCCCGACGUUUCCAGGCGAGACAGCAUGUUUCGCAAGGCCAAGAGGUGCCAUGUUUGGCCUUUCAACGGCUUGCCUGUGGGAUUCAUCGUCACCCAGGUCUCAUGCACAGUCAUAUCCGUUCUGUGGCUGUUCCUUGUCAACGUAUCUGCCAGCAAGACAAUGUCGGAGUCAUGGUGUCUGCUGGGAAUUGGCGGUCUCGGCAUGUUCCAGAACGUAUGGCUGGCAGCGGCCGAGAUGCCGCCAGAGAUGCGAAACCUCCCGCUGGAGCGGGUGGACCAGAUUAAGUGCAACAAGGUGAUGGACGCUAUAAUGGACUUUCAUGUCACUUAUGGCCAAGGCAAAUCUCUGCGAGAUGAGUUUUUUCCUGGGACGCUCAAAGAGGACGAGGAGGCUUGGUGGAACGGACAACGGGAGAAGUACGAGUCGCAAAGGCUGAACAGCCGCUCGCGAGCGCCCUCGAGGUACAACAAUCCUCACACAUUUAGGAGGGGCACUUAUUGA